AUGUUAUCAUGUGCAGGUGCUGAUCGCUUGGAAACUGGAAUGCGAGGAGAUUUUGGUAAACCUCAAGACUUAGUUGUACGAAUUGAUAUUGGUGAUAUAUUAAUAUCGGUACGGGUAAAAGAACAGCACGAAGAGCAUGCGGUGGAAGCUUUUCGAAGAGCGAAAUUCAAGUUUCCUGGCGUCAGCUUAUUGUGGUAUCAAAGAAGUGGGGCUUUACAAAGUGGGACAAAGGGGAAUAUGAGACAAUGCGUGAAGGACGUUUGGUAUCAGAUAGUACAACGUGCAAACUCGUACGAGAGCAUGAUCCAUUAUCAAAAUGGAUUUCUAAUCCUACUUAAAAGUUGA